UUCCUAGAGGUUCACCUCGCCCACCGCGCCAGACUCGUGUACAAAAGUUCCUAUCCAAAAGCUUGGUACGCUUCUCCUUAACAGAACGUCGGGACUUUCUCCCCCAAUGGAAGGGAGAGACGGAUCUCACUCCUUGCGGUGGUGGCGCGUUACCCUCCGUUGAUCUAUGUGAUCCUUGCCAUCAUUUCACGACAUUCUGAACACUCUUAUUAGCUCUCGGCACGCCCAACCAGCUUUUUUGGGCGGAAACACAUCUGUCACGAGUAUAUUCGGUGGAAGCAGUCGCUGUGCCUACGGGAGGCGUUUUGCGCGCUCCAAGGAAUGCCACGAGCUCGCUAAGAAGCCUACGCCUCGCAAACCGUAGAACUUAAGCGUUCGCUUGUCGCCGACUUGGCUGCUGCCUCAGUAUUUGAGGUGGAUGUACGUUGCGAAUGUCCUCGGCUCGCGUUGACACUGCCUUUUCCUUCACACCCUCAUGGCGGCCGUGUUGCAGGUUGAGACACCGCGGACGCCUGCGCUAGCGCCGGCGCCGCACGCGCUGACGAAGAAGAGAAGUGCCUUGGAGAUCAAAGAGAUGCUCAAUGGCGAGAAGCCGUCGCUGCUCGUCAUAUUCGAGGAUGGCCAAGAGAACAUUCUGAGAGAAGUGGCGGACUGUCUUGGGCAAGACUGGAUGGUUGCCAAGUCGAAGGUAGAGGCCGAGAAGGAGGAUGCCCAGAUGGUGGUUGGGGUGUGCUCGAAUGGAGCCGCAAAAGAAUGGCAGACCAAGGACAAGUCCAGGAUUCUGAUUUACUUUCACUGCGUGGACUCGGGCACGCCCAUCGACGAGCAUCUCAGCGAACUGUGUGACUACGAAUACCUGUAUACGCAAUCACCAUUUCAAAGGAGAGAUCUCGCACGGUACCUGUCAUUUAUUCUCGGACAAAACGACAUCCAUUCCAGCUUGUCGAAGAAGGCGAGAACUUUUAUGAUCUCGACUACCUUCCCUGAUGUCCACCAAGGCCUGCCGAACUUGGACAUCAUCUCUGUCGGUGCAGACGCUAUCGAGUUGCGUGUGGAUCUCCUCAAAGAACCCUUACCCGAUGGCUCAUUCGCUGCCGUCCCUAGCGUCAAAUAUGUGGGCGAGCAGGUGAUGAUUUUGCGACAGCGAACGGAGUUGCCCAUCAUCUACACGACGCGAUGUACGAAAGAGAACGGCCGCUUCCCGAUGGAGGAUCCCGAGCUGUUCUACAAAUAUCUCUUGAAGGCAAUUAAAUGGGGCUGCGAAUACAUCGACGUCGAAGUCUGGCUGCCAGAAGAGAUUCGAUUGCGGCUGUCCGCUCAGAAGGGCAGCAGCAGGAUCAUCUCCGCCUUCCAUGACUUCACGCGAACGAUCAAGUGGAGCUCACCGGAAGUGUAUGAGCUGUUCAAGAAGGGGGCCAGCUUUGGAGACAUCGUCAAAAUGAUCAUAUUGGUUGACAGCGUCGAGGAGAAUUACCAGCUCGAAUAUUUCAGAUCACGUAUCAUGGCGCAACCCUCGCAGCCACCGUUCUCUGGUCUCAACAUGGGACCGGUGGGUCAGCUGUCGAGAACGCUCAACAAAGUCUUCACACCCAUCACUCACCCUCUACUCCCCAUGAUCGCGGCCCCAGGCCAGCUAAGUGCAGCCGAGAUCAACACGGCACUCCACAGCAUGGGCCAAAUGCCGAAAAAAGACUUUUAUGGCAUCGGCAGUUUGAGGUCAACCGGGCAGGCCAUGUUCAUUGAAAAGUGCUUUAACGAGCUGAGCCUGCCUCAUUCGUUCGUAUUUGUUGAGAGGGGCAAUCGGGCGUCGCUCGAGAUGAUAUUGAAGCGACCUAAUUUUGGAGGCGUAUACCUCAACCCACCCAUCGCAACGACCGAGCCAUGCUUAUCUGUCCUCUCCGAGCCCGCUCGACACAUUGGGCAGGUCGACACCAUCCUAGUCCGCGAAGAUGGUACUUACGUCGGCGAUAAUGCAGCGUGGAAGGGCAUACGUGCUACUCUGAGCCGUGAUUUCGUGCCUUCGGCGUACAGCAGACGGGCUGCGCUAAUUCUCGCGAAUGCUGAGUCAGACGCAUCUGCAGCCAUCUUCGCGUUGAAGAGUCUUGGGAUUGGCCCGAUAUACACGAUCGGUUUCACAUCCGUUGGCCCAAUGGCAUCCUCUCUUUCACCGGUUCGCAGCAUUGAGGAUCUGAAGCAGCUCGAGGUCCCGUUCGCCAUCCUCUCCGCCCUGCCGGCCGAAAAAUCGUUUCUUGUCGGGCCCUUGCUCAAGCACUACAGCAGCAGCGGCCGGCAGCCGGGCUACACGGCGGGCAAGGUGUUCGUGGAUCUGGCCAAUGGACCGAAAAGGGGUGAUCCUUUAGCUGUGGCGGCAUCGUUGGGUUGGACUGCAUAUGGCAUCGCCGACGUCAGCGCUUGGACAACCGUGGAGACGUUGAGGCUGCUGGUUGGACAAAAUGUCCCUUACGAUUUUGUUCGGCUAGCGUCAGGGCGAGUUCUUUACUGAACAUUCGAGAAGGAUGGAUGAGCGAUUUUAAGGUCACGUUGUGGUGAUGGCUUAGGCACAAUAAUUCUGCAGCCGCCAUGCAGGCGGGAUGUGAACUCGGCAGAGGCAGGCUACAGGCUCCCGCCCGCAGCUGGCCGGGCGCUAUCUAGACCGUAAAGCACAAGGAAACUGAUGCCAGUUCACAGGUCAACACCUAGGGAGGACCCAGCCGCCACGUUGGAAUGGAGACAAGGCAAGAUUUGAGGGAGCGGCGGCGGGCCAUUGAAUGAAUUAUACCAGUGUUUCUAUUGCAUAUGGAGAUAGGAAUAUUGCAUCUUAUAGUUGGAUGGGGUGAGAAACGGGGGCAGAUAGUUGAACGACAGACCGAAAUGAGUGAAACAGUAGCAUGCUUAGGCGUCGUGAUCCGGAGAUGACGGAGGAGGGCCAGGGGAGGGGCACGCGGGGGCGGGAUCCAGAGCGACGGAAUGGACGAGUGUUCAGAGCGAGCA